AAAUGGUCGCUAGGUAGCGGUGAGAAGAUGGCGGAUACUUUGAGUGUUGGGAUAAAUCUGGAUGCUUUCGCUCAUGCGAUUAAUGCCAUUCAGCAGCUUCGGUCCAGUGUUACUCGUGUCUUUGACACUCUCAAGGAUGGAAUGAAGAAUAAAGAGAGUCUGGAGGGUAGAGAAAAGGCUUUCGUUAGCGACUUUCAGGAGAAUCUUCAUGCUGUCAACAGGGACUUGAAUGAGUUGGAACGUCUGAGUAACCUGGUGGGGCGACCAUCAGAGAGUCACCCUCUCCAUAACAGUGGUUUGUUGAGCCUUGAUCCGGUGCAGGAUAAAACUCCCUUGUAUAGUCAGCUUUUGCAGGCAUACAAGUGGUCUAACAAGCUCCAGUAUCAUGCUGGUCUAGCUUCCAGCCUGUUAAACCAACAGUCUCUGAAACGUUCGGCGAUGCAAAUGGGUGUAUCUGCAAAACGUCGGCCGAAGGUUCAGCCUACUACACUCGCUCUGCCACCUCAAUACGUGGAUGAUGUUAUUGCACGGAUUGACAGAAUGUUUCCUGAUAUGUCCAUUCAUUUGUCCAGACCAAAUGGUUCCUCUGCAGUUCUGCUGGUCACACUUGGAAAGGUAUUAAAGGCAAUAGUUGUGAUGAGGAGUUUAUUUAUUGAUCGGACAAUCGUUAAAGCAUAUAAUGAAAACGUCUACACAGAAGAUGGGAAGCUGGACAUUUGGUCUAAAUCCAAUUACCAAGUCUUUCAGAAGGUGACUGACCAUGCUACUACAGCAUUACUGCAUUACCAGCUGCCUCAAAUGCCAGAUGUGGUUGUCAGGUCUUUCAUGACAUGGCUGAGAAGUUACAUUAAAUUAUUCCAAGCAACAUGUCAGCGCUGUGGAAAAUUUCUUCAGGAUGGACUGCCUCCCACAUGGAGAGAUUUCCGAACACUUGAGGCCUUUCAUGAUACCUGUAGACAGUAAUGGUCAACUCACUGUCUAGAAACUGAGUGUCAUGUCUGGAUAGAGCGAUGUGUACAAUGAAGUGCACAGGACUUUGGGUAAAUGUGCCUUGUUCAUGGUUUUAAUGAUUUCCUGCAGAGGUGAAGUUCUUCCAAAUCUUUUGUUUUUGAGCAAAAUUAUUUUUAGCCAACUAGCUCUGAGAUAAAAAAUAGUAGUGCCUUCAGUAGGAUAAGUCUGUCGUUGACGUAUUUUUUAAAAGAAAAAAAUAAAUUGAAAACCAUA